AUGGGUGCACGCGAAUCCCGUCACGAUCCUGGUGCGGCGUCGGAGACUGCUGUUGCGGACUAUUACGCUCUACUCGAGGUAGAGGAAACCGCGACAGCCGAGGAGAUCAAGAAAUCCUUCCGAAAGCUCGCUCUCAAGCAUCACCCGGAUAAGAAUCAGGAUGAUCCAGAGGGUGCCACGCAACGCUUUGCAGCACUACAGCAAGCGUAUGAGGUUUUAAGUGACGACCAGGAACGUGCUUGGUACGAUUCGCACCGCGCGUCCCUGGUUCCAGAGCCAGACGUGGAGACUGUGUUCGAAGAUAUCAAAAGUGGUGCUGCACCUAACCGUGCGCGCGAUCGUGGCUUGACUGUACGGCACCUUCAGCCCUUCUUUGACCCAAGCAUCUGGUCAGGCUUCGAUGACAGCGCGGAUGGCUUCUUCACUAUCUAUCGCAACCUCUUUGAGCGUCUCGCUCAUGAUGAGCAGGCGUACACGGGUGUGAGCGCAUCAGAGCUUCCUUCCUUCGGCACCUCGUCCUGGACCUGGGCAGCGCCUUCGAAAGAUCGUUCGGCAGAGGCUGCGCGGGUUUUCUACAACUACUGGCUCAAUUUUGCCUCUCAGAAGGAGUUCACUUGGGCGGAUAUGUGGAAUGAAGCUGAAGCUCCAGACCGCCGGGUGCGAAGGCUUAUGGAACGCGACAACAAGAAAGCGCGUGAGGAGGCUCGUAAAGAGUUCAACGAGACAGUACGAGCUCUCGUCAAGUUCAUUCGCAAGCGAGAUCCUCGGUACAAGGCGUAUCAGGCUGCCCAAAACGCCCCUACACCCACAAGCCAGCCAUCGAAGACGUCAGUGGGUCAAACCUCUGGGCAGACGUCUGGUACGGCCACGCCAGCAGCAACCUUUGUCGCACAGGAUUGGCAACGAACAGCGCAGGGUAAUGCCGCCGACUUGGAGUGGGCUCUGGCUGAAGGGGCCGACGAAGAGGAGUGGGAGUGCGUUGCUUGUGGAAAGAGCUUCCGAAGCGAGGCUGCUUGGGAUAGCCAUGAGAGGAGCAAAAAGCACUUGAAAGCCGUUGAGCGCCUCGCUCGUGAGAUGGCCGAAGAGAAUGCCGCCCUUGGUUUGGAGGAAGAUAUGGAGGCGCUAGCGGUCGAGGAUGACGAACGGGCGGAGGAUGACUCCGAAGCUGCUGAAGCUCCUCGCGACCCUCCCACAUCUGACACUGUUCGGGAACCUGUUCCCGAUAUCCUCCCAGGGUCUGAUGAUCAAGAAAUGGAAGACGACUGGUCUACCGGCCGGCGUAGGACGAAAAAGUCAAGGUCGAGUAAACCUAGUCGUGCAUCCUCUCCGUCACCGCCUCGUGCACCCAAAAACUCGAGGAGACGCCGGAACAGGGACACUGACGGAGAGCCAGGCCCUUCUACGCCACCAACGACUUCCGCAGUGGGAGUUGCCGAUCCUUCGCCAUCACCCGCUCAAGAGGGACGUGAGGCAGAUGCUGAAGUCGUAGCGGAUGUGGACGCUGAAACACCGUUGAUGGAGGCAAAUUCGCCGGACGACGGCAGUGGGUCGCAUGAAGCUCAACCGGAGAUCUCCAAGAGGGAAAAGCGUCGAGCGCGCGAGGCCGCAAAGAAAGCCGCGGGAGAGGCAGGACAGCAGCGAUGUAACGUCUGCCAGGCGUCGUUCGACAGCAGAACGAAGCUUUUCGCGCACAUCAACUCGACAGGGCAUGCUCUGCACGACGCCGCCACGCCACAACCACGCGAUGAUAAGCAUGCAACUCGUAAAGGCAAAAAGCAAGGCGCGAAUGGCAAACGAUAG